UAGAAGAAGUUGCUUACUGAGGAAGGACAAAAAAUAGGAACCUUUGAGAGAUUUAUUUCUGGAUCCAUUGCUGGAGCAACUGCACAGACUUUUAUUUAUCCCAUGGAGGUUUUGAAAACCAGACUGGCUGUAGCCAAAACUGGACAAUAUUCUGGAAUAUUUGGCUGUGCCAAGAAGAUUUUGAAACAUGAAGGGUUUGGGGCUUUUAACAAAGGCUAUGUUUGCAACUUAUUAGGCAUCAUAGCAUAUGCAGGCAUUGAUCUUGCUGUGUAUGAGGAGAGUUUAGAGCAAUGCUUGAAUAGCAAAUGCAAUUUACACGGCUUGUAUUCGUGGAAUUUGACUUUAUAUUCAGAGCGGGUAAAUACAGGAAAACAGUCUGUGACCAGACUCUAUGAAUGUGCUCUUUGAUCUUUUGGGGACUUGAUUAUGAGACCACAUGUGUACAGUCAUUUUUGUUUUAUAUUUCCUCAUGUAUUACUCUUCUUAGAGCGUGGACUCAAAUUCAGCCUAGAC